UCGUGGCUCGGACGGUCAGUGCAAUGCUAACAUUGUCAGCGGUCGUGCUGGUGUUGUUAUCAUGACGGCCGUGGUUCGAGUGUGUGCGCAAGUGUCGCGGUUCAUCGCGUUACUAUCCGCCUGGACACUAUUCGUGUCUGGUCAAACUUACCACAACGCUACUUUAUCGGCCAGUGGCAAUGCGCUUUGGGAUGAUCUGAUGGGCAAAUGCGACGGCCCAAGGACGACAAUGGACUGUGUCCGGAGCAGGCUGUACAAUUACGUCAACGACACGCUGGAAGGUGACAUGAGCAUCACAGAUAGUGUAAAGUUUGCUAAAAACAACAACGAAUAUCAGAAAGUUUGUGCCUCAGAAGGUACGACUGGAACAUACAGAGAGGCCAGAGAAUCAUCCGACAACAUUGAAGACGAAAAAGAAGAUCACGAAGAUGAUGGCUGGUCAAAAGUAACAGACACAUUAUACGAAAAAGGAGUACGGUACUUGAUGACUCACGACUUGGAAGCGUCAGUGCCCAGUUUCUUAUCUGGUAGUCCAGGUGGUAAAGUUAAAAUUUCACCGAAGAAGAUCCUUCCUGACGGAGGUGUCUUAGUUCGACUAGACAUGAUUCCAGGUGAACAGGAAGAAAAAUCCGAUGAAAGAUCUCCGAGAUUCAUGAAAAAAAUGAUUAAACAUUUAUUUAAGAAAAAAUUAAUGCAGAGUCUUAUGGCGUUGUUGAUGAUUAUUAAGUUAAUCAAGGUUAAAUUGAUGUUCAUUCUACCACUUGUUGUAGGCGCAUCUGCAGCGAAAAAAAUAUUGUUAAAAGUGUUACUUUUUAUAUUCCCACCUCUCGCGCAUCUGUUCAAAAUGUGUUCGUUCUAUCAGCAUCAUGCCGCCAAAUACCAUUUCCAUCACCACAAGAUAAAACAUCAUCAUCAUCAUAUUAAUGUACCAGUACAUGUACCUGUCCCUGUAGACAAACCUGUGUACGGACAUGACGAUUACUACGCUGGUGCAGUUUUGGACCACCCUCCUGGAUACGACACACCUGAUAUUGCAGGUAGUGAAUACUACAAUCGAUAUGAUAUGGCUAACGCGGUAUCAGAUCAUGGAGAUAUACUCGCAAGCUGGGGCUUGGGCGAAGAAGGUGAAUCUACUCCACACUAUGGUCAACAGCCACCAAUAAGGUAUGGUAGUGGGCCACAACUGUUAUCACCGACGUACCCGCAUGCUGACAAGUAUGUGAAGCGUGGCGAUGACGAUACAAUUGGUGUAAGCAGGGUACCACAAAAAGUCAUCUAUGAUCCAGUAUUUGGACCAAUAGCACAAAAACUUGAUGAUAUAUUCAAUGAACUACAAGUCCCUGAUGAAGUCUGCAAGGAAAAGCUGGUGUGCAGGAUGUAUGGAAACCCGACGCGGUAUAGUCCACACAGCAAUCUGGUAUCGGCGCAACUCAGCAGUGAUACAUCUGCUACGUCGGCUCGAAGAAUAACUACAAGUGUGGAUGCGGCUCGCAUAUGGAAGUAUAUACAAGCUGCCAAAGAAGGACAAAGUGGUCAGGAUUGUGGAAUAAUAUACCCAACCUGCACCAUGGUUGGACUGUGAAAAACCGGAAAAAGGAUCAACAAUAUAACUAAACAUAUUUAAUUAAUUAUUAGUGGCCGAAAAUCAAAAUAAAAAGCCCAAAAAGGCGAAGAAUUUAUUGUUGCAUAUUUAGGAAUUUACCUUCUUUUUACUCCAACCCACCGGGUUUGCUUUUGUUAUCUACUAAUUUUCAUAUUCAAAGCAACUCAAAAAAUGUUGUGCUAGCUCAUAACUAUAAUGAUAAAAAAAAGUUACAAAAAUUCGUUUGCUCCAAAGUUCAUUUUACAUAGUAUUUUACUUGUAUUUUAUGUUAUACACAUCCAUACUACAUCUAGUCACGAUUUAAAACGAGUGUAGUAGGUUUAGGGCAGCGUUCAUAGAUAUACCACAUGAAAAAUUAAAAAAUUAUCUUACAUCAUCAUUAUUAAUCGUUACUUUAUUAAUCAUAAUUCACAUACAUAAAUUGACAAAUAUUUUCUUAAGUUGACUGGUAAAUCUCUGUAUGCUGCUCUUACACACAAAAUCAUGUAAUAUUAUUUAAAGAAUUUUACUACGAUAAUUUAUUUAAAAGUUAUUAUUAUUAAAAUACCAAAUUUUGAAUUGUAAACAUUUACCUCGUGAUGCCAAUUGUAUAUUUCAAUUGCAAUAGAUAUACAGAGGUUAAUGUAUAUGAUGAGUGGUAGUAGUUUCAUGUCAUGAAAUUUUAAGUAAAACAAAUUGUUUAAAAUUUAUUUUAGAAUUAUUUUAAAAUUUCCAUAGAUUAAUUAAUUUAAGUAUUUAUAAGUUAUUUUUAGUAUUGUGAUAGAAUAUAAGUACAGUGUACCUAGUUUUGUAUUAAUUUUGUAAUAAAACUUAUUCAUAAGAAAAUUUUGUAAAAAUUUAGCACUUUAUAAUAUAAAAAUAAAAUGU